AUGCCUCAUCUUGGAUCGAGUGUCCUGGCACUCGGAACUGCAUCGUCGAUAUUCGUAUCUGGGUCCAUCUUUGCCUUCUCCCUCGGCGGAGUGAGUACAGCGCGUUUGGCAGCAGAAUCAACCUCUUCCCCGGAACUUGCUAGCCGCUACUGGCUCAACGUCUACCAAAAGUGCCAUUACGUCGGUACCCCGAUGGUCCUGUUUUCCACUGCAUGUUUUGCGUGGCUGCGCUACCAAACGCACCGGAAUGUGUUUCUUGCUGCGGCUGCUUCGUGUGCGAGUCUCAUCCCCUACACCAUUGUCAUCUUGAGCGGCCCCGAGAAGAUUCUUUUUGCAGCCCUAGAUAAGAGAAAAGGAGAAAGAAGCCCCGAAGUAGUCGAGGUUCGCAAGGCGAUUGUCCAGUGGGGAAACGUCAACAUAUUCAGGGCCGUGUUUCCUCUUGUUGGUGGUCUUGUGGCGUUGGCAGCUGAGAUGCUGUGA